CUAUAAAUACCCCAACUCCGCUGAAUCAGGCAAAGGAUAGACCCUGUCGAUCCUCUAUAUAACUGCUUCCCCAAGAUUCUCCCUGCCAGCGAUCUUACAUUUCUACAUUGACUCGAUCUGAUUGUGACUACGUAUAGUUAAUGUGACAAAUUCCCAUGAUAAAUCUCUAUAGCUAUAAUUAAGCCGUAAUAAUAAUUUAAUGACCUGUUACUGGAUCUUUCGACUUCUGUAACGAGCAGUUUUUCCCGAAAAUAAUAAAUCGAUUCGUGCCCUCCAGGUGCGUGAGUGGCGUUCACUCAGUCACCAAGUUGAUCGAUAUAUUUAUACAACCGCAUCAAGAUGAAUAACAUAAUUUACACAAGGUGUAUUCGUUGUAUCUUUUUCUACACUCUAAUGAUAGCCAUAUGAAAAAAAAAUUUGUAAUGGUUAAGGUUCACCUUCAAUACAAUACAGUUUAAUUUUUUUUAUGACAGGACAAAUGCAGCUAGAAUCUCUGCGGCCGGACAAAUAUAUGUGCGCUUGUGUCGAUAUUCCGUUCAAUAGUGGAAGCGGUGGUAAAUCCUCAAACCCUGAUAGACUUUUAACUAUUUACAGACAUAUACGUGACAUUCCAGUGCAAAUAUUUCAAGUUUUCGAGGUGCAUGAUUUCUUAUCUGUUUGUGCACGCGCCGUAUAUAUUUGCAGUAAAAUGCAUUAUACCGGAACCAAGCUAAGUGUAUAUGUCUCUUGUCAUCAUAAACAAGUAACACGUACUGCUCAGCUACUGAACAUAGCUGCAGCAGAGAAAAGAAACAACGGUGGUCUUAGAAGCCGAGAGACGUAGCGCAAGAGUUGAGCAUGCCUACUGAGAGCGAGAGCGCUGGGUAGUGCGGCAAGCUUUUGAAGCUUUUGAUGUCUGUGCCGGUGAAACUGAUCCCGUUUGCUCGCGCCUGCCUGCCGGGGGUAAGGGGCUGCUCGAACACAGGUCACGUGACGACACAGCUUUCGCCUGCGUGUUGUCUGCAGCAUGUGAGGAGGAGAAGUGAACAGGCUUGAGAAUGGCAGACGACCUAAACCAAGAGUGAAAGGAUGGCCCUCGACAGAGGCAGUGAAAUGGACAGUGCUUUUUGAGAUAUGGACUGAUUUUUCUGUUUAAUCGAUCCUAUGUGUAUAGAGUAGUCAUAUUUAAGCAAUUACUGAGGUGAUCACAAUGUGACUAUGGCCUGUGGAGGAGGGACGGCGUUUAUUUGGCUCUUGGUGUUGAUCGGUUCACUUGCUGGUGUUGAGAUAAAUUUUGAAGAUCCAAAAGAUGGCUACUUUCUCAAACCUUUAUACCAAAGAUAUCAACCAGCUGAGAGGAAUGUGGAAAGAGAGACUUUCAUUCUUACACAUCCAGCAGAGCUGUACAAACUCCGUGCCAGUCUUGGACCCUUUGAUGUGUACCAGUCUGUCCCCAGUGACUUUGUUGAGGGUUCCAUCAUCUCUGGGAGUGCCAGCCUGGAGAGCUACCUUGGCCAUACCCCCAGACCCAUGCACAGACAAAUUAUUUACAACAUGGACGUGAGUGCUCAUCUUGUGACAGAGAAAGUGUUUUUGAAGCAGCCAUUGCUGCAGGUCUUGAUACAUGCACAACUUAUGCUUGGUCGUAAAAGCCAAGAUUUGAUCUACAAUUAUUAUGGCUACAGUCAACAGUGGUGUGGACAACUGUUUGUCCAGCAUGGAACAGAACAGCUGUCUUCAGUGUGUGUUUUAGGCAAAGAGCAUGAUGCCUGCGUAGCAGGCAUUAGCCUUCCGGAGUCAUGGUGGCACCAGAACUCUAGUCAGGUGUCAGUAUACUACGACAUUUCACGUGUUGAACAAAACCAGGAGUGCGCCAGUGCAUCAAAUACCAUUGUCCCCGUGGGGUCAUUGGCCAACACCAGUAACCAUCAGAGGAAGUUCAUCGCAACCAUUCCUCUUGUGGAAGAAGAGAUGGUUUUUCAAGAAGAGAAAGAUCAAGAUUUAAUUUUUAGGAUUCCAGUUGGUGGUUAUCACCCAGGUACUAGGUUUGAAGUACCUGUUCUACUGGAGAAAAAUUCUGGCCUGCAAGUUUUUGUUAUCAGGGUGAAGGUCCGAAAUGGAUUACGUGUUAUUGGUGCUGUGCCUGGAGAAGACAGUGCUUGGAACAUAUAUUUUGAGAACAACAGUAAGCAGCGAUCUGCUUCAGUAACUGCUUACGUAAAGGAGUCUUUCAAGUACACAAGAAGUAUCAGAAUUGAAGAAAUCAUGCGAUGGCAGUUUGAAGUUGAAGUGGAUGCAGAUGAAGCAAUGACUGGGAGGAUUGUGUGGACUGUGGACUAUGAAAAAAAUGGAUUGUCACGCAAUGCAUACUUCCCGCCUCAAGACUCUCGCAUAUCUGCUAAGAUCUCAAUCCUUGGAGACCACCCAGAGAGAAUUGUUACUGUCUUUAAGGAAACAGAAUUAUUAAACACAGCAGCCUUGACUGGUAAGAGAGAAGAUUACCCACUUCACGUCUUUGCUGUUUCAAAUGAAAACAAACUUCGUGAUGUGAGCCCAUACUCAGACUGCUUCUCCACUGACACCGAUGUUCUUAGAGUUUCCAAGGACUGCAGAAGUGUGUUUUUGGAUGGAAACGAGACAAGAGGAUCAGAAAAUGUGACAGUUGUAGUGCACACUGGUGGUCAUACCACUUAUGUGUAUUUGAGAGUGUGGAUGCCUGAAAGUCAGCUUGAAAUGGAAAUUUCUGAUACAAAGCUGAGCAGAAUUCAUGGCUGGAAUAUUCUAGGAUCAGAGCAUAGAAAAAAGCGUGAGGCAAAUCAGUUGUCUGCACCCAUCAAGCAUUCCAAAAGCACUGAAGGACAGUCCAGGAAUGCUGGCUGUGAGGUGCGCAUGCAGCAGGCACUGAUUGAUGUGUAUGCCCGCUUCAUUAUUGAUAAUGGGGGUAGAAAAUACUUCCAGAGCAAAAAGGUGUAUCUUCGUGUGACAGACUUGGUUCAGAAAUUCCUGCGUACUUUAGAUCCACAAAUUGCCACGGUGAAUGGAAGAGUUGUUCAAGGGCAUUCAGCUGGAAAAACAGAUGUGCAGAUUUUAUCACCUGCUGGUCAUGUGAUCAGCUCACGCAAGAUCCAGGUGGGCAGGGGGCGAGUGAAGCUUGAGCGCAUUCUUGUGCGGGUAGUUAGUGGUCUUACACUACAGAUUGCAAAAGACAGGCACCUCCUUGGUGCCCUGACAGCCACGGCAGUUUUGGAAGACAAGCUUGUUGCUCGGCAACAGGAUGCAGUUCUGGACAUUACGUUACAGUAUACUGAUGGCUCGCGCAUGCCAUUAGAGUAUGUGGACCCUUCUCACUUUGAUCUUAAAGUGCAAUCACUCAAUAUCCAUGUCGUGGAUGUUCCAACCAAUAACAAGGCCUCGUAUCAGCCUGGCAUUCGUCCCAUUGGCAGUGGGCGAGGGAAACUGAUCAAGGUCAUUUUACGACAGCCAGCAUCAAUAUGCCAGUACAAAAGGCGUCCUCUUGCCAGCAGCCAUGUUAACAUCCAUGUUGAUUUCUCAAAAGACAGCAAUGCUGUGGGUCGUGUACAGAGUGAUGCUUUUUACGAUCACAAUCGUGCUAGCGACAGAAGAGAAGACCACACUAGUGAGGAUAAAGACACGAAGCCUGGUCAUAUCUCACCUGAUUAUGACUUUGACACCCAUGCUGUAGACAAACAAAAGUAUUUCACCCAUCAACAUGGCAAGUUUCCUGAGCUUUCUGUUGCAGCUCCUUCUAACCCAAAGGUCAUACCAGUGGAAAUUGCUUUCAAUGGGAUGAAGGAAAGUGGAAGUUCACCACAACAGGAGGCUUUGGAGCAGGCCAUUGACACCAGCCGUUCAAAUUCAAAGCCAUUCUUGAUUCCUCUAUAUGUUCUGGUGUCGGUCUUUUUUGUGGUUGCGGUGAGCUGUGUCCUGUUCACCAUGCGCUACUAUCGUCGAAAGCGCAUGCCUAAAGACAGCAGUUCUUCACAUGGUAGUGUUUCUAAUGCUAAAGAUUGGGUGUGGAUUGGACGAGCCACACUAGAGCGCAAUGGAAACCACUACACUCGCUGUCAGCAUGCCCUGAUGCCUGAGGAAGAUUUCAAUGGAAAUCAGAUGCUCAGCCGCCCGCCCUCUUCUAGUAAUGGAAAGGCUGCAAGCACCAGUGCAUCCAACCCUAGUUCUGCUCCCAACAGCAACCGCAACAGCACAGUGUCGACGUACGAAGGAUCUGAGUGCAGUAUUAGGAUCACCUCCAAUCCUCUGCGUGAUAGUAUUGAUGGAGGUUUCAAUGAAGCUGAAUGGGAUUAUGAAAAACUUGGUUUAACAUAUGAGCAGCUUAUGGACUACUUUGCUAACCUCAAGGAAUCCACUGCCUAGUUUUUUAAUGCUGACUAAAAAAUGUUUCAUGCGCAGGAAAUAAAAUCUGCUUCGAGCAGUUUUUUUAAAAAAAACAACAUUUCUGCUCUGUUGCUGUGAUAGAGAUGGUAUUCUUCACCAUGAUGCUGUUUUAAAAAAGGCAUUGCAUAGGUAUGGGUCAUCAGAUAAAUCAAAGACAAACCUGUGAGGAAUCAGAGAAAAUGUGUUUGUUAACUGGCAAGGCACAACCAUGCCUACAACUGAUCAGAAUAAAUCAGUUGACAUCUAAGUGUCACUGAAAGCUCUGAGGUUGAGAAGUGACACUUAGGCAGAACUGAAGCUGCAAGUUGGUAGCAGUCAUAAACAUUUGCACAUGAGGUUAGCUGUCCAACAGCGACCAACGAAUGUUGAUGGGCAUGAAUUUUAAACAGGGAAUUUGGCCAUGCCAUGGCAACAAAAAUAGCUUUUCUUUUAAAAUGUUUACACUGCUUUGUGUUUUGUUGCAAACAAUUUGUGCAUUACAGGGUUAUGAUCGAACUACUUGCAUUUGCUUGUUUCAAAUGCCAGAGUGGCCAUUUUUAUGUUGUAGGUUGGUUGCAUGAUAUCAACUGUUUUGGGGAAAGGGGUAGCAAGAGGGACGGAAUAACCAUCCUUUUACUUGGAUCACAAAUUUAAGUGGGUGGUGAAUAGGGUGAGAGUGAAUUGCCCUUUUCGAGUUUUACAACCUGGUGCUCACUUGCAUCCAUAUACAUAUAUGCAGAUCUUUACUACAGUUUCACAAACUUGUGUCCACAGACAUUCAAAUACAUAUAUGUAGAUCUUGCCUAACAUGAAAUAGACUUUACCUCCACUGUUUAUGUCUUGGUAAAGGACCAGGGAAAAUUUAUGUAAAGGUCUAAUAGCAGGAUAACCAGGGAAUAUUUAUAUAAAGGACUAAUAUGAGGAUGAAGUUGAUUAUAAAAUCUAUUUCUUCUCUUUAAAAAUAAGGGUUGAUAUACAAUACGGACUUUGAAUCAAAUUUGCAUGCUAUUUACAAGAGUCAAAGUCUUAAGUGUCAAGUGUGGUGGUAUAUUGUAACAAGCAUUUAUUAAGUUCUGGCCCAGUUUUUUUUCUCACCAUUCAGUGCAUUUUAAAAAGAUCUUUCAGAAAGUGUGUUCUAGAUUUUUUGCAUGCUGGAUUUGCCUACAGAUUGCGCACAGUGUUCGUGUGGUGUUGUCACCGUUUGUGCACUGUAAUCUGAUGAUGUACCAAAUGCUUGGUAUAUGCAUGUUACGAUGUGAUGAUGUUUGUGUCAUUUGUUAAACAUCUAAUUCCGUGGCAGGUCUUUGCUGGAAUAUAACUGCCAACCAGAUUUUGUCUUGAAGAGGGCAGUUUUUAGAUAUGUAUAGACUUCUAACACAUGUUAUAUAUAGUGGCAGACAUGGUCAGACUUUUAUUGUUGGAAGCAGUUCUCUUUAUUUUUUUCAUUGGUGUAGUUCAUGUUCUAAAUUGAAUUCACAGUAAAUAGGCAAAAAUGAGGCUUUAGUUUCUUAAUAGGUAAGGGUGGGAGCACAUUGGUUUUAAGUUAACAAACACUAGCCCUUUCUUACAAAACCAAGCAUCAUCAUCAAGUGAUUGAGUGAUUAAUUUUCUUAGCCUUCUUGCCUUGUCUUUAUAAAGAGUUGAGGAAAGGAGAGAAAAAAGUUGAGGAAAACAGAAAGCUGGAUUUCUCAUGAUUUGUUAAAUUCAAGCUUUAGGGAGAGAGCAGCUUUUGUCAGUUUAGGUGGCUUUGUAAUCUGAAAUCCAUGUGUUUUCUGGUCCCUUUUUAUGGUCUAAUAAUGAUCAGGGAUAUUUAGAAAUAGUACAGAUUGAUUAAACUCUUUGGCAUUGAGAAAAUUGCAUCAUUCAGUUUUCUGUAGCAUGAACUAUUAGUCUUAUAGAAAGUCUUUGGUAUAAAGAUUCAAGAUAUUCUUAUUAUUUUUCUUACUGGGGUUUUAAGAAUUAGUGUAUACACUGUGAAAUAAAUGUUGUCUCCUUUAAAAAAAAGUUCCUUAACUGGUAACAGGAAAAAUUAACAUAUGCAUAGUAAAGGAGUUUUGUUAACUUUAUGUUAAAAUUUAAAAAAAUUCAGAUUUUUUUAAAAGGCCUAAUUAUGUGGAUACACCCUGCAGAAUCACCAGACAGUUGUGACUACCAAAUGCACACUGCUGUAGGUAUACCAAAAGAACAGUAAUUUCAAGCCAGCAUAAAAACUUCUUUGUCCAGGAUGGUAUGAUAGCGAUAUAUAAUUAGAAAAAGAGAAAUCUAGUCACUGAGAUUAUUUUGGGGCACCCUGAACCUUGUACAUAAUAUGUUUGUUACAUGUGGCAGCUGGAGUUAAUAGAUUACAGGUGAGACUGGGAGACGAGGAGGAACAACUUGGAUUCUGUAAAAUCCACAGAAGCACAGUGAUAGUGGUGUUCUUCAGACUUUUCAUGUUACCUGCAACUUCACAUUUUGCUAUUCCUCAUCCUCCGACACACCCAAUUCCCACCCAUCCAUCCCUGCACUUUAUUGGGAGAGUAUGGGAUCACAAGGGCAAAAAUAGACUUUAAGAAACAUUCACUUUUUCUGUCACACUGAUUAAAAAAUUUUAAUUUUCUUGUUCCUUUCAGAAUAUCGAUUCACAGCGUUACACCUUCUAGCGGUCCUACAUAAUAGGAAUAAUUUACUUGUUUUGAUGCAUGUAGGUGUGUGCUUGUACAUAACACAUACACAUACACAUACUGAUGAAAAUGAACAUACAAGUAAAAUGUUGCCUUUUUUCCCUUAGAAUAUUUAACGCCAAGACAAAGAUGUGGUUGUUCAUAAACGUCUGUGUUAAUGUAAAUGUGUGUUGCUGUUUUAUCCUUGAACUUAUCUGAGCAUUUAGAUAAUGGCUUAAACAAGGCAUUGCUGUUGUCGAAGAGAAAGGCCAGAAAAGUGAUAAUUAUUUCUUGUUUGCAUUUCUACGCAUUUUAUUGUGUUUACAAAAUUUCAUUGUUAUUUCUUUUGUCCAAAAUGCAUGUUUAAAUGCAAUGUGAAUUAUGAUAAACAGUGUACUUAUUGUGCAUUUAAAAAAAUUGCAUUACACAAGUCUCUCCAUGUGGAUCAGUAAGGCAAACAUGAUGGGUAAUAAAACUAUGUAUAUUUGUUGUAAAUUUAUUGUAUAGACAAUUUGGUUGUUAGUGAAUGGUGUUAACACUUGUCACCUUUUAUUUAAAAACUCACUUUUAUUCGUAUUGGCAAAGUAUAGAUCUGAAGAUGUAUUUAUGUAUACACUUAGCCAGUUUUAUUACUUCGCCAUUUUAUUAUCUUUUGUUUUAAAAAGGGAAAUGAAUUAGAUCUAUCUUAGUAAACAGUUUUUGUUUUCAAAGAAAGGAAACAUAAGAAACAUUAAUUGAAUGCAGGGAAUUUAAAGUGAUGUACUUAAUUCAGUGGUUUCAGUACUAAAAGUUGCAGGUACCUUUCAAUCAAUGAAUUGCAGAAAAAUCAAUCUUUAAACGUCUUUAAACUAAAUUGUGCCUGCAGCUGAGUGCUACGUUUUGGACUGGCAUCUGGUAGCAAUUUGUUGCACACAUUUGAAAUUUGCAAAUAAGGCUAGUUUUGUAAGUUAUAAGUUUUAUGCACGCAAUAUUUUGAAGGUCACUUUGUACUAGUGCAAAUAGUGAUGGUCUGUUUACAAAGAAAGUAUUGCAUAGUAGGGAAUAAACAAAAUGUGGUGUAAAUGGUCAUUAGUUUGCAGAUGUUUUGUAUUUGGAGGAGGGCUGGGCUUGGAGGCUAGUUCCUACAAGCUAGCAUACCCCUAGAAGAAUUAUUUUUGUGCUUUGUACAUACGUGUUGUAUAAAUGCAUAUCGUGACUUUUUUUUAACAUCGAAAUUUUUCACAUUUAUGUUCAGAUCCAUAAGACCUCACCCACAUUUAUGCUUGUUAACAUUUUAAUCAUAUCAGUCCUUGAAAAUGUGUUCUUUCAUUAACUGUUUGGAUUGCAUGAGAUUUUUGCCACCCCUUACAAUGCCACUUCUUUUAGUAUAUUUCUCAGGUAGAUUUUUAUUUAUAAAUAAUAGGUAUCCUCUAAUAAUCUACAUGUAUAACAAAGGGCAAAACUGAACAAAACAAAGUGAAAACAGCAGUUUUUGUAAACUUGUGAUUUAAAAUAUUAAAAGAGAGAAUGCAGGGUUCCCAGGUCCUUGCAAGGUCCUUUUAAGUCCUUUUAUAUUGAAUUUUCGCCGAAAGGCCUUUUAAGUCCUUUUAUUUGCCAUGCGGUCCUUUC